AUGAAUUACUUAAGUUUUUCAUUAGUAUUUUUUAUUAUUUUGCUUAAUACUAGUAGCAAACUAUUUGCUAAAACAAAAAGAAGUUUUCCUUUAAAUUCUGUGAAAAAUCAUUUCAGCUAUUCACCAUAUUAUUGGAAUUAUAAAUUAAUAUACUAUCCUUAUUAUGAUUAUUAUUAUUAUUAUUAUUACAAUUAUCCUUUGUAUUAUUGGUAUAUUCCAUAUAUGAAACCACAUAUAUCAUGUAAAGAAUAUUAUGAAAGAAUUAUAGAAGACAUUACUAUUAAAAGUGGUAAAAUAGAAAAACGAAUUAGAGAAAUUUAUUGGAAAUUAGAUAAUUUAAAUGAAUUCAAUAGUAAUUCUGAUAAAUAUCAUCAUAUAUAUUUUCAUUUAAAACAUGAACUUAAUAAAUUAGAACGAAAAUUACACUAUUUGAAUAAAUAUUUAAUAUUUUCUUAUUAUAAGUAUGAAAAAUGUUUUUAUCAUGAAAAACCAACAAAACCAACUUUUAAACCAACACAAUCAUCACCAAAAACAACAAAACCAACUUUUAAACCAACACAAUCAUCACCAAAAACAACAAAACCAUCACCAAAAACAACAACAAAAUUUGUUGUAGAAACUAUUACAACAGUAGAACAUUAUAAUUAUGUUACUACAACCAUAAAUAUAGCAAACAAAAGCACUACAACACGCAGAAGUACAAUUAAUUUAACUACUACUUCUAAUAAGGAUAGUUCAAUAAUCACAACAUCAGAAAAUAAGCUUGUAAGUAUCACAACACCAAAAAUAAUAACAAAACAAACUACAACACGUAGAAAGACAACCAGAAGAACUACAAAACGUAGAAAAACUACCAAAAGAACAACAAAACGUAAGACCACAACUAAAUUAGCUACUACACCAAAUAAAGAUAGUUCAACAAGCACAACAUCAGAAAAUCAGCUUGUAAGUAUCACAACAUCAAAAGUAAUAACAAAAAAAACUACAACACGUAGAAAGACAACCAGAAGAACUACAAAACGUAGAAAAACUACUAAAAGAACCACAAAACGUAAGACCACAACUAAAAUGACUACAACUACAAAACCUUAUGAUCCUAUUGAAACCACUUCAAAAAAUUAUGAUACUACAACAAAUGGUUGCAUAUGUGAAUAUGGAAAGAAAAAUCCAAAAUGUAAAAAAUGUAGAUGUUAUAAGAAAUCUAAAAAUUAUAACUGCAAAAAAUAUAAAAACUGUUGUGAAGAUACAAAAUAA